AACGAUCCCUUCAUCUCCCAUUCUUAAUUCUGUGGAUCAUUAAUGCUUCUAAUCCUAACACUUCGGUUAUUCCUUUCUAUGCAUAACCUCAUCAUAAGAACUGAAACGUUUCAUCUCAAAUCCAGUAAUCACCUUCAGAGAUUUAGAGCAAGCUUCUCUCUCUCUCAGAAGAAGACGCCGAUUAAUUAAUUUGUGUGGUCUUCUUCAUCCUGAAAAGACGAACUUCUUAGUCGAUUAGACCGGGACAGCUAUUUUCGCUUCGACUGGCGGAAGAGCAUAUCUGACUCGAUCCAAAAAGUUCUGGAGGCGGAUCAUCGGAAUCAUCACCUCUUGAUUCAGAAGCAAGCCCACAUGCAAAUCCUAGGAAAACCCAUUAUCCAGGUUCCUCAUUGGCUUCUCUUUUUCCAUCACCUCCGUCUCUACUAUGGUGCUGUUCGUUUGGUUGCCGCAGGUACCGGCGGCAGCGGCAGCGUCAACAUUCGGCGUCAACUCCUGUUCGUUUCGUUGCCGCAGACAGCUGCGUCUGACGCCGCGUCCGAACGCCGCGUCCUGCGGCUGACGCCGAUAAAACCUGCGGUCGCGACAUAAAACCUGCGGCCAAUAAGGUAAUUUACUAUUUUACCCUUACUAUGUUUUAGUAUUUACAAAAAACCUAAACCUAAACUUGACGCAGUCGGGAAAAGUGACGCAGCUCCAUCUCUAUCUCUCUCUCUCGAUCUCCAUUCCUAGAACCAGUGAAGAUCUUGAGAGCUCUCUCCAUCUCAAGCUCUCUCUCCAUCUCGAGCUCCCUCCAUCUCAACCUCUCUCUCCAUCUCGAGCUCUCUCCAUCUCGGGCUCUCUCUCCGUCACGAGCUGUAUCCAUCUCAGGCUCUCUGGCUCUCCCUCUGUCACGAUCUGUCUCCAUCUCGGGCUGUCUCUCUUCUCUGAAGAAAACCCAUCUCCGAUCUCAUCUCCAAGCUCUCUUACCCAUCUCCGAUCUCAUCUCGAAGCUCUCUUACCCAUCUCUGAUCUCAUCUCCAAACUCUCUCUUCUCCGAGCUCAUCUCAUCUCCAAGCUCUCUCUUCUCCUUUUCUCGUUGAGGCUCUCUCAUUUCAGGCUCCAUUGAUCUCAGGUUUGCUCAGACCUAGUGGAAAAGACUCAGAUCUUCUCAAGCUCAUUCUCUCAAGCUCAGACCCUCUCAAACUCACUCUCUACUGCUGUUCCUCUCACUUUUUAAGAUGUCGACGUCAAAAGAUAAUUGGAAACCUGAGGAAACUAGGUAUUUUUUCCAACUCUACGCGGAAGAGAGAAGAAAAGGAAAUAAGGUUGGUCAGCAAAUGAAUAAAGUAGGAAAAAAGAACAUCAUGGAUGCGUUUGAGCUGAGGUUUAAGAAGGGAUUUUCCGAUUGGAAGAGGGACUACAAGAACAAGUACGACAGCAGCAGAAAAAAAUACAUCAGGAUUAGGAUGCUGACUCAGAACAGGACAGGACUUGGGUAUGAUAACAUGGGAAGGAUCGACAUGUCAGAUGAUUGGUGGAAAGAGCGCGAAAGGGAGUGUCCAGGAAUUAGAAAAGCCUUCUGCAAAGAAAUUGAUAACAUGGAUAUGUUUGAAGCAGAAUUUGGUGGUGUAGUAGUUACUGGAGCAGAAGGUUGGAGUGCUCAACAUGGAGAAGCAAGCUUGAAUUCGAGAGUUGGUGGAGAUAUUGCUGAGGAUGAAGCUGAUUCUCAGCCAGCAGCAGAGACAGAAACCCAGGGCCAAGCUCCUCGCCAAACUCAACCAGCAGCUCAGACUCAUUCUGGAGGUUCAAGAGCAAAACGAAGGCGUAAGGAGAAAGAUGUGGCUGUGGAGGCAUGUGAAAAAAGGACAGCUGCUCUUCAAGUGAAGAAUAUGCUAGCAAAACAAUUGAUGGAGCGUGAACAACCAUUCAGUGUUGAGACCGUAUAAUUGACCAAAAAAUUAUUAUCAAGUAAACAUAAUAUUUUAAUGGAUGUAAAUAUGUUUAAACUACACUUGAUUUAUUUAAAUACAAUUUUAUAAAAAAAUUAAAAUAAAUCUGAAAAAAUGAAAAUAGCCGCUGCGUCUGUCAAACGAACAACCCAAAAAUCUGCUUCCUGCGGUAGCGUCGGCGUCGACCUCAACUUCGUGCGUCUUCUAAACGAACAAUAAUCUGCGGCAGCGUCAGCGGCAGCGUCUGCGGCAGCGUCUGCGUCAGCGAACAACAACUGUUUUCAUUGACGCUGCCGCCGCCGCCGACGCAGACGCUGCCGCUGACGCCGAAACCUGCAGCAACCAAACGAACAGGGCUUAUAUAAAUAUACAUCUUAAUAUCGGGGUUUCCUUCAUUUGUGUUUCAUCUGAUUGUUUGGAACUCAAACAUAUCAAAAUACUCACUUUAAGAGUUACAAAAAAUACUCACUUUUUAAUUUUUUUUUCUUGAAUAAAGAUCUUAGGAGAGGCUGGUGUUAACUUUUACGCUCUGUGAGUCAUAGACUGUGACGUUGGUCAGAUAAAAUGAGCAAAUGGAUGACGUGUUAGCUACACCAGCGUUGAAGAUCUGAAGAAAGUUUCCAUGGCCGCCACCGCUUCUGUCAUAUAUGACUCAGUGAACUUCUCCAUUUUACCUGUUACACUUGGAAAACCUUCCACCUUAUUGCUUCGUCUCCUUGAAGAUCGUUUCAUCAUCAUAGUUGCUUACUGAACGCAACAGCGACAACUUCCGUGAUUUAAUUCCCAGUGGCAAGAAAGUGACAUAGAGGUUUGAGAAGGAGGCAGUACAAGAGCACUUAAUUCCCAGUGGCAAGAAAAUGACAUAGAGGUUUGAGAAGGAGGCAGUACAAGAGCACGAAGGAGAGAAGAGGAUAUUCCCAAAGGCAAGAAAAUGAUUCUAAAAAAAGAAGAGAAAGUCUGUUCUUCAGUCGUCUACAUGAUGAUUUUUGCUUUUAGCUGCGAGCAAGUAAAGAAGGUAUGAUUAUGUACUCAAUAGUCAAAAGGCUGGACUUAUCCACUCUUCUUACAUGCACUUUUAAAUUGCAUCUGAAUAUGAUUUGUUGUUUUAGCUACAUCUGAAUAUGGUUUGAUUGCUUUGUAUUUUCUUUUUUCCGUUUCUAAUUAAUAAGUUUGGGUUAUCUAUAUCAUUCUUGAAUCAUACUGAUUUGCAUAUUAGUUAUAUCCGAUUUCU